AUGUCUCUCUGCUGCGAUGCGACCUUGGUCUCGAACGAACGGCAGGUCUCCACGCCUGAGACGACCACCUGCAGCGAUCGAAGUAAUUCUGUCUUGUCGUUUCCAGUCCUGGAUGUUGGGCGGACUGCGAAGUCGUCCAUCGCAAUGCCAACGAAAGGUAAGCGAUACCCAGAAGAUGGGCUGCGACCCACUGUGCGACCGUCUGUUGGCGGUGCUUUCGCGUCCAGCUCUCUUGGAUCAAGCCCAACCUGCUUCAACUCUGGGUGCAACGAAAACGAGAGCCUUUCCAAUUGGGAUACGGCAGAGAUGCCGGCAAAAUUUCUCCAGCCCCUGAACUACACUACGCCGCCCUUCGCAGCCGUGUCAGGCGUGGUCGAAUAUGACGGCACUCCAAUGACAACCUCCACACCCACAGAGCCGGCCGAGCAUAGCCACAGCAAAUCGGUUCUCGAAGGACCUUGGUGGGCAAUGGCUGCAGUCAUACUCUUAGUCGCCGCCAUGAUCGUCAUGUCGAUCGCAUGGUGGAGGACGCUCAGAGCGCGUCUCGCGAGUGGAUACUACAACCAGCUCGGGCCCGUCAGCAACUAUCGGGAAUGGCGAGAACGGCAAGCAUCCAAGUUGCUCCGUAGCACCACGACUUCGAGCGCCACCCCCAGUCGCCGUGCAAGUGGGAGUCAGCAGAGUGGGAUCGCAAUGAAUCGAGGCCCUUCAUCCAGCAGUCCGGACUCCAGCAAAGACUAG